AUGAUCGGGAAGUGUCUGCUAACCAUCGACGCUGUCGGUCUUCUGGUCGGAGCGGCCAUCGCGGACAUGGAUGAGACACACCAAUAUAACCCGCGAUGGCCACCACACGCAAAGUUUCACAACGGGCAGACCAUCACCCUCUCCAUCAUGCUUGGCGCUCUCACGCUGUACUACAGUUGGCGCCGCACAACGGGCAAAGCUGCUGCUAAAGACUCUCUCACUACUGCCAUGAUAUGUGGCAGCAUUUACUGGCUGGCAGGGCUGUGCGCCAGUCUUUUCCCCGAGGCAAACGGACUGGACCCAGAAUUCGGUGGCCCCGGCUUUCCCCAGGCCAAGAUAUUCAUCGGCUUCAUGCUGUGCGGCAUGAUUGGUUGGGCGUUGGAAAUUAUGGCCCUUUAG